CAGCAAUUUGGAUGUGGCAAACGUGCGCCAGACUGUGUUAACGCUUGUGGUUAUCGGUUUACCUGUCUGCAUGUGAAUCAUUUUGUAUACAACUGCGGCCAUGAAGACAGAUGAUAUAGUGUACCUGAGUUUGUUAGGAGCCUCAAUAGGGUUUGGGCAGAUAUACAGAGGUUUAAGGAGCCCUGAAGCCCGGAAAUGGAUAGGGACGAUUGUGGGGUUGGCCCUAACCCUAGCAGUCUCGGGCUGGCAUAUCAUCCAUCCUCUCUUCCUCACCGCCACAAAUAUUCUUAUUCUCCUCUACGUCAGUAAGAGCUUGUGUCAUGCAGUCAGCUUUUGGUGGAGCUUCUCAUAUUUAUUAUUUUUCCGUGUUUGCCAUUAUGUUGGUCUGGAGAUGGCCCCAGCUCACACCAAUGCAGUGCAGAUGAUGAUUACAUUAAAGUUGAUUGGGGUGUGCUUUGAAGUUCACGAUACGUGGAGAAAACGUGGGGAGGCUAAGAAGGAAGACGAUGAGAAGAAAGUUAAACUUGAACUAGAAUUGAAAUAUGAGGGGGUGGACCCCACACCUCUGGACAUCUUUCAUUAUGCUUUCUGCUAUGUUGGAGUCCUCACAGGUCCGUACUAUAAAUACAGAGUAUAUGAAGACAUGCUGCAAGGGGCGCCUCUUAACAGUGGAUUGGACUGCUUACAAGCAAUGCUGCGGAGAAUAUGGGUCGUGCCACUGUAUGCAGGGGCAUUCCUGCUGUCUGACUACUUCUUCCCUUUGUCAUUUGCUGAGAAUGAGGUAAUCUUCAGAGAUUAUGGCUUUUUUUAUCGUAUGUGGUAUAUGACUCCUGUGUUCUUCAACUUUCGCAUGCGGAUCUAUGCUGGUUUUGUCCUAUCGGAGUGUGUGUGUAUCAUGGCCGGACUUGGAGCAUACCCAGUGGCCAGUGAGCCCAAACCUGGUCGUGGCCCAAGUAAAUAUGAGGUGCUUGAAGCAAGUUCUAAAAUGGAGCCAGUCAAAACUGAAUACAAUUUUGAAACUAUCCACAAUAUUGAUGAGUUUGGAGCAGACUUCACCCCGACGGUCCGGGCAGGAAUGCGUUGCUGGAACAUGACAGUGCAGUUCUGGCUUGCCAAUAAUGUAUACAAGCGUCUCAAGCUGGCCAGGCCAAUCAAGGAAGCACUGACAAUGUUGGCCUCUGCAUACUGGCAUGGAGUGUACUCGGGUUACUACCUAUCCAUGCUGACCGUGCCAUUCAUACUCGCUGUGGAAGACUAUUUUGACCGCCUUGUCAGGAGGAGACUUGGAGACUCGGGCCAGUAUGCUUAUGACUGGUUUGCCUGGUUUGUAAAGAUGCAAAACUUUGCCUACAUGGGCAUGGCUUUCCUCCUGCUUCGUGUGGACACCACAUUGCAUUACUGGCACUCCAUAGGCUACAUAUACCAUGGCCUUUUGAUCAUGAUGCACUGCGUCGCUCAGUACGUCAACCUCAUCAUGGGUAAAGCUGAAUAUAAGCUGAAGAAAAGUCGAGCAACGGCAAUAAUUGAUGAGCACACCAAAAUGCGCUUUGUGAAGACCAAGGAGGUAGCUACAGACAAAGUGAUUGCUGCCCGAGAAGAUUGCAAUGGAGUAAACGACAAGUAAAAUAAUUUCAUUAAAUCAUCAAGUUUAGGAAACGAAGGCAUUUAUACAUUUUCUACAUAACAAAUGGAGUGUAAUAAGUAUCACAUCACGUCUUGUUUGGUUUGUGUUUAUGGAUAUAAAAACAGCGUUCUACAUCAGGGUUAUACCAGGUAAUUUUCUGUCGAGCUUGUACCUUCUUAUUACAUAGAGAAUAGGAAUUUUAUUACUUCUAAAAGGAGUAUAAUGUUUUAGUAUAAUGCCAGUUAGGAACCAUACAAUCUGGGAAUUGUUAACCUUUUCUCUUGGGAACUGAUUAUAUACAAAACAUGUUUGUGAAAUUAAUGUAUUUGUAUAUUGUGACUGUUCUGUCUCUUUGAUGUGUUCUGUAACUUGGGGUAUACUGUACUUUCUCAAGGCAAGUUAUGUAACAUAGGUUCCAAUUGUAUUAUGUAAACUUUCCAUACCAUUGUCUUGGUUUUUAUUACAGUAAGUUUAAUUAGAAUUACUUUUGUAGUACAAAGUGAUGUAUGUCAUUUAAGAUGGUGAAACAUUAUUACUUCAUGGGUUGUUAAAGCAGUCAUUAACUUACAGUAAUAUGUGAAUGGAAAGACAUCGGUGGUGAGAGUAUAUUAUUUAGACAAUUUACGAUUGAACACUAGUGACUUGGAUGUGUUGGUUAUUACAAUCCUUUGUUGAACUGAUGACCACAGUUGUGAAUUGUGAAAAUGUCGGAUAUGGGAAGUGUUUCUGGAUUUUAUUUUAAAGUUUAUGCUAUGGAACCCAUCUAAAAAAAGAUUUUUCAUAAUGAUAGGGCACUUAAAGAAUCUUACCUGUGUGCCUGUGUUUUCUGGACAAGGUGAGGUUUGCCCACUGGUCAUUAUUGGUGCUUAAGACUACAUCACUCAUGGUUAAUGUCAACAUGUUGAACUUGAUUUUUUCUGUGAUUGUUUUGUGUAUAUGUAUGUAUAGAAUACCAAGGUUUGCAUAAUACUUCAGUGUUAACCCUUGAUAGUAACUCAGUUUUUAGUAUAAGCAAUAUAUUUCUGGGAAAUUUAAGCAGGGUAGUUGCACAUACCAUAUCACUUUAUUUAUUCAAAGGAACAAAUUAUAAAAUUAGAAAGGUAACUGGGUUUCUGUAUUCAGUACCUUUUCUUAUUUGCAAUGGGUGGCCUUUAUAUUGCAUAUGUUAUGAAUGAAGUUGGAUUCAGGUAAAAUCCUUUACUGUAUUAUAUGCUAUUUACUCUACUAAUAGAAGUUGUAUUUUAUUUCGAGCUCUAGAUUGACAAACAUUAUCAUUUAUCAAGGGAGGAAUAUAUUAAAAAUGUUAUAGAUAUUAGGCAAAAAAUCACUUUGCCAUUAUUAUAUCACUAAUGCUUUAUAGCAUCAUGGGUGAACAAGUACCACACAAUCUAACAAUCAUCCACAUUAGCACUCUGUCACUUCAGAAAACCAUGCAUACAAUGAUACUCUGAAAUAUCAUGUAACGAAUGAAUGCAUUCACUCCUUACAAACCGAUUCAACCUAGCCUUGCUCUUCCUAAUGCACUCAAAAUAUCUGCCCAUUUUUAUCCUGGCCUUCUCCUACUCUCAGAUUUAUUAAAAUAUACUCUCUCCACCAGUUCACUAUUAAACCUUAGGAAUAAGCAAAAUAAUCUUUGACGUCAAGGAAGAGAAAGUGAUUGUUUAACUGUACAAGUCUCUGUUGCACUCCCAUCUGGACUAGUGUAUCCAUGCAUGGAAACCUCACCUUCUAAAGGACAUAUCUGCUUUCUCAGAGAAAACUCAACACAGAGUAACUAAUCCAGAACCAAUUUAACUCUUGUACCAGGAAUGGUUGAGGGCCAUAGGAAUAAAACUACUACAAACCAGACAUAAUAAGGCUGAUCUCAGAGACCUUCAAAAUACUGAACAAAUUGGAAGGUAUUAAUCCAAACCACUUCCUUAAAAGGUUAAAUGUAACCCAUAAAAGGGGAAACGGCUACAAGCUCAACAAGCACAAUUCAGGACAGAAGCAAG